CCGAUCACCAUGGCUUCGGCGUCCCAGGUUCUCAGCUCUUCCUCGCCAAUGUCGCCGACGUCUUCGUCCUUUCUGUUUCAUAUCCUUUUUAUUUGCUCUUUCUCUUCGAUUUCAUGUGAUUUACAGUUUCAUUCCUUUGUUUUGCUUGAAAAUUCCAAGUUAUUUUAAAAUUAGUAUAUGCUACUCUCCCGUGGGAGUUUCGAACAUCAAGGCCACAUCCAUGAGGAGUUUUCUUGGGAAAACUCAAAACAUAUCCAUAGCAAACAUAAAAGAUGGAUGAAGAACAUACCAUGGAACUGAGUUUUUUGUGCUCAGUUUCCCAUUCCAUCAAUCAUGACUUGCCCUUUGGACUGACUUUGGAAACAAACAUGAACACCUUCUCUUUGAAUCCAGCUUUCCUCUCCUUGACAUCUCCCAUGGUGGGACUAACAUAUGCCUUCAUCUUCACAGCCUUUUUUGCUACAAGACUUUGGCCAAGCAAGAAGGGGGGGAUUGAGAGAGGACUUGGAGGAGGAGAGAGACACCCGGAGUUCCUUCUUUUGGUGAGGUUUACUCCUCAUGAAAGUAUAUGUAGCGGCUACAUUGCCCUGAAUGCCAUCCAACGACGGCAUGCAAAAGUUUCUACUGGUGACACCAUAUCUGUGAGCAGAUUUAUUCCUCCAGAUAAUUUUAACCUUGCAUUGCUUACACUUGAGCUGGAAUUUGUGAAGAAAGGGACUAAGAAUGAGCAGGUUGAUGCUGUUCUGCUGGCUACACAGUUAAAACAGAGGUUUAACCAGGUUAUGACCGCAGGCCAAAGAGUUUCCUUUGAGUAUCAUGGUAAUAAUUAUAUUUUUACUGUCAAUCAAGCUGUUUUAGAGGGCCAAGAAGCAUCUAAUGCUCCUGAAAGGGGGCUGAUUUCAAAUGAGACAUAUAUUAUCUUUGAGGCAUCAAAUUCAAGUGGAAUAAAGAUUGUAAAUCAGCGUGAAGCUGCCAGCAGCAACAUCUUCAGGCAAAAGGAGUUUAAUCUCCUGUCACUGGGUAUAGGAGGCUUAAGCAAUGAGUUUGCUGAUAUAUUUCGAAGAGCUUUUGCUUCUCGGGUUUUCCCUCCCCAUGUGACAAGCAAAUUGGGGAUUAAGCAUGUAAAAGGCAUGCUACUUUAUGGACCUCCUGGCACCGGAAAAACUCUCAUGGCCCGUCAAAUUGGAAAGAUGUUGAACGGAAGGGAACCAAAGAUUAUUAAUGGCCCUGAAGUUCUAAGCAAAUUUGUUGGUGAAACUGAAAAGAAUGUUAGGGAUCUAUUUGCUGAUGCAGAGAACGAUCAACGGACUCGUGGUGACCAAAGUGAUUUGCAUGUCAUAAUUUUUGAUGAAAUUGAUGCUAUCUGUAAGGUACUGGAUUUAACAGCUUUAUGUUAUGCCCUUUAACUUGAGAUUGGGAGUAGCAUGAUGUCUACAGUGAGGACCAAUAUUUCGAGUACUUACCCCUUAACUUGAGAUGCUAUCUGUAUAUGUUGAACUUGAAUGUGUUUAUACAAUAAUUGUCUUGUCCUUUGACAGGUAGGGUCAACCCUCCUUAUCUUUUCUUAUUCCCCUCUGAGCAAGUUCUGGAGAAUCUGGUUAAAUAAGGGACACCUACAUAGUUUUCUGGGUUUAGGUGCCACGGUACCCAGUAGGCUAGGGCUAUUAGUUAUAAUCUUUAUGUGAUUAUAUCGCACAAAUCUCAUUGGAAUCCUUAUUUUUUUCUUAUCUUGAUAAUAUUGAUGGUGAUAUUACUCUCUGGAAAUCCUUUUGAUGAUCAUGAAGGCAAUGGAUAAUUCUUUGGCUUAUGGCCUAGCCCCACGGGUAUAAGUACUAGUAGUAUUGCUGGAUGCUGCCAUUGUUCUGAAUAUACUCCGUAUUGAGAUAAGAAAGGACUUCCUUUGGUGACUCCUUAUCAAUCUCUAUCUUUACCUUGUAUAAUUCUAUUCUAGCUUUUGGGUUUGGUCACUUCAAUAUCUUCUCAUCAAGUCUUGUUCUAGUUAACUAAAUGUUGUGCCCCUUAAUUUCCUGUUCAUUGUCACUUUGGGAACAUGAUGUUCUUUAAUAUACUAUCACUAGAUGA